GGAAGGGAGACGCGCGAUUUAAAGGUGAUCAACAAAGCCGCGGCAGCGUUAAUCAGAGCCUGCUCUCGACAAUGUUGACUUGGCAGAGGUGUUUGCUGUCGUCUGGCCUGUUUUGUCUGCUCGUUCACGUCUCGACGGCCAAUCCACUUUCAGAUGUGUCAGGCAGCAGCAAAAACGACAGCGUGGCGGAUGGUGGCGACCUGUGCCUGAGCGGCCCGAUGAAGAAUGGGGCGCUGAUCGAGUGCGAUGCCUUCAUCCCGAUGUACACGUUCAACGCGCGCAAAAAGGAGUGCGAGGGCUACAUCUACGGCGGCUGCGGCGGAUCGAAAAACCUAUUUCCCAGCCGACAGGAAUGCGAGCAAGGCUGCAAACACCUUCUCGACAGAGAAAAACGCUCGGAGCCGUCGUGUGAACAGCCGCCGGAGACGGGCCGCUGCCUCGCCGCCUUCGCCAGAUUCGCUUACGACCCGGAGAAAGGUGACUGUGUCGAAUUUUUGUACGGCGGAUGUGGAGGCAACCAAAACAACUUCAGAACACGUGGCGAGUGCCUGAAAAAGUGUAACGUGGCCCAAUUCAAGUACUUCAACCUCAACGACGUCCCGACCAACGAUAAAAUCGUCGUCGAAGCCAACUGAACCAUUUUUACCUAAUUAAUUUUCGUCAUCGUAUUUAAUGAUGAACAGUACAAAAUAAUUAAGACAGAAAAAUUCAAUUUAGUGUACUUACUUUGUAAUAAGUUUGUAGCAAUAAAAACAUAAAUAUUUUCUUUUAAACAAA